CGGGCUCCUCCCUCUUGCACCAGCAGGCUUGUGUGGCUGUGAAGACAACACUUCCUCAAGUAGCCGUGGCGAAGGGAAGCAAAGACAGUCCUGGGCACGAGCCCCACCUCAGACUCCAACAGCCACCAGAGAGCAGAACGGUGGCCCGUCUUGGGGACCGCAGGAGGCGCCGUGUGCCCCGAUGAUGCCCACCCCUACCCGCCUGGCCCACUCGCCUCCCUGCUCCCUGCUGCUGGCGCUGUUCCUUGUCCUCUCAGGAGCCCCUGAGCAGAGCAAUGGGAACGAGUGGCAUGUGCUACAGCCUGAGGGCCCCAUGCUGGUGGCAGAAGGAGAGACGCUCCUAUUGAGGUGUACGGUGGUCGGCUCCUGCAUCGAUGAUAUGAUUAAAUGGGUCAAGGUGAGCUCUCAGGGCCAGCAAGAAAUUUAUAACUUCGAACGUGGCUUCUUCCCUGGGGUGGUGCCCAUGAUCCCACGCUCAUCAGAGCCACUGAAUUGCGAUUACUCCGUCUAUAUCCACAAUGUCACCGAGGAGCAUGCUGGAACCUACCACUGUGUGAGGUUUGAUGGUUUGAGUGAACACUCCGAAACGAAGGCGGAUGAGGGCACCUCGGUGCUUGUGAAGCGAGCUGGGGACCCCAAGCUGAACCUCUGGAUCAUCCAGCCCCAGGACUUGGUGUCGGUGGCCACUGGAGACACUGCCUUCCUGAACUGCACAGUGCUUGGAGAUGGUCCCCCUGGACCCAUCAGGUGGUUCCGGGGGGCUGGUCUGAGCCGGGAGGCCAUUUACAACUUUGAAGGCAUCUCCCAGCCCAAUGUGACAGCAGUGCGGGCCUCCAACAACGACUUCAGCAUUCUUCUGGGAGGCAUCUCCACUGAGGAUGCUGGGACCUAUUACUGUGUAAAGUUUCAGAGGAAACCCAAUAGGCAAUACCUCUCUGGACAGGGGACCACGCUGAGAGUGAAAGCAAAACCCACCUCUCCCCAAGAGGCAGAAUUCUCCAGUGAACAUGUAGCCAGGAUGUCUCCAACAGGCCUCCUGUCUGUGCUCACACCUGUGGUCCUGGGGCUGAAAGCAGUGACCUUGGCUGCACUCCUACUGGCCCUGGCUGCCUGCUGGAGAAGCUCUAAGCAAGAAGACUUCAAGACCCUGGGCCGAGCAGAGUCUCACAUGUUAGCAUGGGGCAAGGGGCAAGGGUGAGGGUCAGCCCCAGCGUGGAUCCUCUGUUCAGAGAGGAGCUAGGGCUCCUCGACCAUUUCUCAGCCUCUGGAUGCCCCCUAGGCCUCAUGACAAACUCCUAGAUCCCUACAUCUGGUGUCGGUUCACCUAGUGAAAUUCCCCUCUUUGCACUGGGCUCCCCUGAUAUGUCCCCUCUCUGCUCUCAGCCCAUUUGAGCCCUCGUUGUCCUUCAGGCCCUGGCUCGGGUCUCUCCGCUACGCCCUUGCCUAUGCUGCAGCCCCAUCUGGGGCGCCCUCCCCUUUUCUCCACCUCGGCACAUCUUUCAUGUCCUUCAAAUAUCCAACUCCAAGUCUUCCUCCCAGAAGGUGUCCCUGAGCAUCUCUGAGCUCAACCAGCCAGACCACCUGUGCGCCUUCACUACACCCUUCUCUCCGACCUUCCUGCCUUCUUCCACACCCCAUGGCUGGCUGGGUGAGUGUAAGAGUUAGAAUACAGGUCUGGCAACUGUAACAAAGCUCUUAAACAACAGUGGCUUAAACCAGAAAAAAGAUGCUUUCUCUAGUAAUAUCCAGCCAUAAGCAAGCCAGGCAAUACCGGGGCUCCCUGGUUUUGAGACCAGGGAUUGGUUGAUGUUGUUGUUACCAGGUCCACAUCCCAGGCAGCCAGACUGGGGAAGAAGGUGGGGAAGGGAGCAUGAUUCUCCCCUUUAAGGGCACAGUCAGGAAUUGGCCCACCUCACUUACUUUUAAUUGGCUGGAAUGUGGUCACGUGGUCACGUCUAGCUGCAAAAAAGGCUGGGAAAUGUAGUCUUUAUUCUGGCAGCAAUGUGCCCUGCUGAACUGGAGGGUGGAUAUCAGGGGAUAACCAGUAAUCUCUGCCACAGUGGCAUAAAGGCAGCCUCCUACUUGCUGUGUAGAACAAUGGAGUUUAAUUCCCAGCGCCUCUUCCCACCACCACCUCCACCAGGGCAGCAUUAACGUGGGGGAGCAGUUCUCAAGAAGAGUCAUUUUGCCCCCAUGGAACUUUUGGCAAUGUUAGAGACAUUUUUGGUUGUCACAAUUUCGGGGAUGCUACCACCAUCUAGUGGGUAGAGGCCGGGGGUGCUGCCAAACGUUGUUGUUCCCACAACAAAGAAUUAUGUGACCCAAAGUGUCAGCAGUGCAGACGUUGAAAAGCUCUGAUGUAGGGGAACGUCUGUAUGCCCAGGACUUCUAACUCCGAAGCCUCCGCUUCCUUACUGGCUGCCCUUAGUGACUAAUCAGUCACUUCACCUCCAAAAACAUUGAGGAUUUCUCUGCCUUGUAUAAGAACCAGUCCAAUCCCACAUUUCUUGUGGGCCUGCUAUGUGCCGUGUGCACUGUGUACACUCCAUACAUGUGAAGUCCCUUUUCUCUUUCCCUGCAAACAUGUAUUAGCACCUGCCAUGGUGGGAAGUGGAUUCGUCUGAUGUUUUUCAUUACAACAAACAGGAAAACAGCUUGAACUAAGCCAAAGAGUAUGUUAAUUUAGUCUGAGAAUUGAAUAAAUCACCGAAUUACCAGACAUUAGAGAAGGUAGGUAAGGUAGGCUGAGAAGUGUUCCCCCCCACCACCAAGAUAUCCACGUCCUAAUCUCUAGGACCUGUGGAUGUUACCUUAUAUGAAAAAAAAAAAAAAAGACUUUGCAGGUGUGAUUAAAUUAAGAAUAUUGAGAUGGGGAGGUUUUUCUGGAUUAUCCAGAUGGGCCCUAAAAGAGAUCACAAGUGUCCCUGUAAGAGAGAGAGGGAGAUUUGAUAUAGAAGAAGAGGAGGAAGCAAUGUGACCACAAACGCAGAGACUAGAGUGCUGUGAACACAAGUUAAGGAAUGCCGGAAGCUGGAAGAAGCAAGGAAUGGAUUCUUCCCCCAGAGCCUCCAGAGGGAGUGUGGCCCUGCCAACACCUUGAUG